UAUACGCUGCCUGCUAUUGUCCACAUAAUUAAUCAGCCACCACUCUCACCUGGAGAUGGCCCGAUUGUCCUGAUUUUGGCACCAACUCGAGAAUUGGCGCAGCAGAUUCAAGAAGUAGCAAACUACUUUGGCGAAACGGCUUCAGUCCGAAAUACCUGUCUUUAUGGAGGAGCACCUAAAGGACCUCAAGCUCAUGAUUUGGAAACCGGAGUUGAAAUUUGUAUUGCAACGCCUGGCCGUUUGAUUGACUUUUUGGAAAAAGGGAACAUUAACUUGCGAAGGUAA